CAUAGGCCAUGCAACUGGUUUCAAGCUGAGUUCCAUCUUAGUCCAGUUAGUGGGUUUUUGUAGUUGAAUGAUGGCUCUUGGACUUACUUUAACGGUGCUUUACAUGUUAGCAGUCUGCUACAAUGCUGUAGGACUAAGUGUUGGCUUUCAUAUUCCUACAAAAUAUGACUGGCAUACUGGAUCUGCUGGCAGCAGCUCUUGGCCUAGAGAGUUGCAAGUGGUAACAACCACUUGUGGUUCUGAUCAAGGCAAAGAUUCCUACCCCACUGGUCCAAGGCCAGGGUCUUCGCAAGGCUUAACUGGUAUCCAGGGAGCAGGCUCUCAGAAGGGCUACCCUGCUGGCCAGGGGAUUUCAUUGCAGCAAGGCUUUACUGUUGCCCAACAGCCUGGGUCUCAGAUGGGCUUCUCCACUGACCAGGGCCUACCUGGUGUCCAGCAGCUACUGCCUCAACCUGGCUAUCCUGCUGCUGAAGGCUUAGCAUCUCAGCCAGGCCUAACCCCUGUCCAACAGCUAGGGUCUCAGAAGGGUUUCCCCACUGGCCAGGGGCUAGUGUCUCAGCCAGGCCUAACCCCUGUCCAACAGCUAGGGUCUCAGAAGGGCUACCCUGCUGGCCAGGGCCUACCUGGUGUCCAGCAGCCGGGGUCUCAGAAAGGCCUUCCCAGUGUCCAGGGACAAGGGUCUCAGCAGGGCAACUGCAGUAGUGGACCCCUAUUCCAAAAAGCUGUAGGGUCUUGGCAGGGCUAUCCCAGUGUCCAGAGCCUAGGAUCCUUGCAGGACUCUGGCACCUCAGCCAGUUUGGUUUCUAACAAGGUUCCUGGCUUUGUUCAAGCAUCUGCUCCCCAAGCUGCCUCAGGUCUGGGUAGCAGUGGGUCUGUAAAGCAAGUGUACCAUCUUGGCUCAGCAUCUGCUCAAAGUGCCUUGGCCCCUUAGAAGCAGCUGGUUGCAGCAUUUUAUUCCAGGGAACUAAUCUUCCAGCUGAACGUUGAGCUGGAAACUGAAGAAUGACUUGACUGUGCCUUCACUGCUCUUCAGUCCUACUUGUUUUGUAGGCUUUCAUCCCAGCCUGGCAGCUCUUCCAUUGACUUGUGCAUUUAGGCUUCAAAUAAACUCAUUUAAUGUGUAA